GACAUGCAGCGGCAGACACGUCUGAACCGGGAACUGCAACUCCUCAGCACCGAGCCGCCCUCGGGAGUCAGCUGCUGGCAGGUCGGGGACCGGAUAGAUGAGCUGCGGGCGCAGGUGGUGGGCGCCGCCGGGUCCCCGUACGAGGGAGGCGUGUUCGCCCUGGAGAUCGCGGUGCCGGAGAGGUACCCGUUCGAGCCGGGCGCCUGGAGGCCCGCGCUCAGCCUCUCCUCCGUCCUCACCUCCAUCCAGCUGCUGAUGGGCGAGCCCAACCCGGAGGACCCGCUGAUGGCCGACAUCGCCCGGGAGUACAAGUACCACCGAGCCGCCUACACCGCCACCGCCCGCAGCUGGACGCAGAAGCACGCCGGGGCCACACACAAGAGGGGCGGCCAGGAGAGGGAGGAGCCGGCCAAGGGGCCCUGCAUGGGGGAGGAGGAGUGUGACGUCACUGGGCGGGCCGAGUGA